CAGAUGACACACUUCAACAGUUUAAGCUGCCAGAGUGAGAAUGCGGAUCACUGUGAUUUCCCUGCUGCUGCUGCUGCUGGUCGGCUCCGUCUCCACGGAUGAAAGUACCACAAACAAAGAGCCGUGUAUGCAAGACAUCCUCGCUAUGCUGAGAGAGGUGAAGGCCAUGUGUGCUCAGCAGAAGAUGGAAAUCAGUUCCUUGAAAAGAGAGAAUGAAGAACAAGCAGCAACGCUGAAAGAACUGGAGGAGCACAGGACUGAGAUGGAGAAGCUGAAGCAACAGUUGCAGGUCAAACAGGUGGCUUUCUCAGCCUCUCUGGUCGAUUCACAAGACAAAACUUUCGGACCCUUUGACACACACAUUCAGCUGAUCUUCAGUCGUAUCACCACAAACGUUGGACAAGCCUACAACCCGGAAACAGGUAUUUUCACUGCACCGGUGAGAGGAGUCUACAACUUUGAGUGGAGCGUGGGUGCACGUGGAGAUAAUGCUCAUGCUACAGCGGCUGCGCUGUUCAGGAACUCCGAGCACAUUUUUCUUGCGUGGGAGAAACAAGGUUCUCACUUUGGGUCUGCUUCCAAUGCCGCUAACCUGUUUCUGGAGGCUGGAGAUGCUGUAUAUUUGCAUCUGCCGGGCAACGCAAUAGUGUUUGACAGUAACAAUCGCCAUUCCACCUUCAGUGGUCAUCUGAUUUUCACCGUGUAAGACGGGAAGUUCCUGUUUUUCUUCCCGUCUGUUAUUGUUUUAUCGUUGUCUUGAACAUUUCUGGCACGUAAUAGAUCUGAAAAUGAAACUGUCUUGAUUCACUGUGUAGUUGAAGCCAAUGAGCAGUACAAAAUUCACAGAAAAUAAAAUUUUUAAUCAGCA